CAGGGCCAUCGCAUACAUUUGACCAUACACUCUAUCUCAACUCCUUCUGCUCCAUCUUUAAGACGUGGGCUCACUGUUUCACUGGUUCUAAUUCUUAGGCAUAUCCUCGAAAGCUCGCUACCAUGUCUGACGGCGCACUCUUCAAGCCGGACAAGGACUUCAGCAAGGAUGCGGACACUAUUCUGCCAGAUGCAGAGUCAUUAGCAAAGAAAGACCUCCAGAAAGGAAUCGAUAAAGUUCUCGGUCUCGAGAAACAAGCCAGACAGGCGUCAGAUCUCGCUACAACCUCAAGAUGUUUAGUCGCCAUCGUCACACUAUGCAAACAGGCUGGGGAUUGGAGUCAGAUGAAUGAGCAAGUUCUCUUACUGUCAAAGAAACAUGGACAACUCAAACAAGCCAUCACCAACAUGGUGCAGGUGGUUAUGGGUUUCCUGGAUGACACUCCUAAUAUGGAUACAAAACUUGGUGUGAUUGAGGCAUUACGGACGGUUACCGAGGGCAAGAUCUUCGUUGAAGUUGAACGAGCCCGGAUCACCCGAAUUCUAUCGGACAUCAAGAAAGAGCAAGGCGACAUCAAAGCAGCCCGCGAUAUUCUUUGCGAAUUACAAGUUGAGACUUUCGGAUCGAUGACUAGAAGAGAAAAGACAGAGUUCAUUCUGGAACAAGUCGCACUAUGUAUCCAAAACGACGACUGGACACAAGCAACAAUCCUGAGUCGGAAGAUCAGUACGAGAUACUUCGCACGAAAGCCCAAGAAGACGCCCGAGCAAAUAGAAAAGGAGAAGAAGGCGGCCGAAGAGAGGGAGAAGAAGCGGAAAGCGGGAGAAGAUAUUCCACCAGAAGAGAAGGAAGAUGACGUGACUGAUCUGAAGUUGCGGUUCUACGAACAACAAAUCACUCUAGCGAAGCACGAAGAAAAGUACCUCGAAGUCUGCAAGCACUACAGGCAGGUUCUCGACACCGAGUCGGUAGAGAACAACCCAGAACAGCUCCGCGCAGUCCUUCAACGGGUAAUAUACUUUGUUCUCCUGGCCCCGUACGACAACGAGCAGUCUGAUCUCCUGCACCGAGUUCACCAAGACAGUCGGAAUAGUGAGGUGCCGAAGGAUGCCGCCCUGCUGAAACAAUUCACCAUUCCCGAACUCAUGCGCUGGCCCAUGGUUGAACAACAAUACGGCGAACAUCUCUGCUCGACCGACAUUUUCUCCAAGACGGCUGAUUCGAGUGAUCCAAAGGCGCAUACACGAUACGAAGCUCUGCGACACCGUGUGAUCGAGCAUAAUGUGCGCGUUGUGGCUAAAUACUAUACCCGCAUCACCUUCCCACGGUUGACCGAGUUGCUGGAUUUGUCGGAAGAAGAGACGGAGAAGUACAUUUCAGACCUCGUGACCAAGAAGACGGUUUAUGCACGGAUCGAUCGACCUGCGCGGGUGGUCAGCUUCGAAGUCAAGCGUGGACCGGACGAGGUGUUGGACGAGUGGUCGGGCAGUAUGAAGGGUCUGCUGGGCCUGCUGGAGCGCGUGGGACAUCUCAUCCAGCGAGAGGAGAUGAUGGCCAGAAUCCAACCCAAGGAGGAUUCAGGUGGCAAGAAGGAAUCGGGCAGGAAGGUCAAGGCAUAGGAUGUCUACGACGACAGCUUAGAGGACCUCAUUUUCCCGGCAUUCCUGCGGCCCUAUUUUCCAAUCCUCACAAAUUCAAGUUCACCGGAAGAUUCGCCGGAAAGUUCAGGAGAAGGUUCGCCAGAUUGGUUGGACGAUUUAGAGUAGAGACCGCGUUGCUUUCGAUGGCCAAACUGCACAUGCAUGGGUUUUGGGUUGGGUGGUCCGAAAUGUACCAAUAUCGAUAUCCGAGGGAGUGAGGUCAAAUCGGUGUGAGUAGAAUGCAUUAGGUACCUACGGAACCGCCCCUGGUCUCUGUGUUGCUCGUUGCUUUGCUCUACCUUGAAGUGAUAAACUAGGAUCUUGAGGUGCAGAGCCAAAACAAGAUGGAAAGAAGAAACACCGCCCCUCCCCGGGUGGCCCUCGCUGUUGCAACACAGCAAGUGUCUGGGGGAGUUUUUUUGUAUCUUAAUAAUUCUGUAUCUGAUCAGACCUUAAAAAAAGUCGGACUAGUUUUCAC